CCGUUUUUACAAUAAGCUAUCAAGUACAAAAUGUUUUAAUUCUUCAACGUAAUCGCGCACUUUUUUCAUGGAUAAAGUAGAGUUCCGACUUGUGCGAUGUUUUUUUCGACUAGAAAAGGUUUAACGUUUGCUGCUUUAGCCGGAUGUAUGGCGGCAUUAGCUUCUAUCAGCGCCAAAAUUGCUACAAGUUAUGAGGACACGUCGUCAAUAUGCUACCGGUGUCAAAGAUUUUUGCAGUCCCUGUUGUUAUGGUCCAUUUUCGAAGAAGGCUCACCAUUUAUGUCUACGGUUAUCACGGCUGUGCGGGUUUGCGGUGUGUGUUCUAUGUUCCUCUGUAACGGGCUCAUGCUGACUCUGUUCUCCAAGUCUCUCCAGCUGUGUCCGUCGUCCGUAGAGGCGACAGUCACCAACACUGCAGCCAACUUCAUCGUCACGGCCGUGGCGAGUCUGGCGCUGUUUGGAGAUCGUCUGCCUCUUCUAUGGUGGCUGGGUGCGUCCCUCAUCCUCACCGGAUUAGUCUUUAUACACAGGGGAGGUAACCGGGCUCAGGCUGAACAGACCAGAGAGAAGGUGUCAUAACAGGACGAGAAAAAAUCUGCUUCAAAUGAGUUCAUACUCUGAAAGUGAAAUGAAAGUGAAAAACAAAACAACAAACAAACAAGCAACAACAAUAACAAAAACAGUAAAAAAAAAACUACAAAAAAAACUACAAAAAAUAAACAAACAAAAAACACCAACAAAAAAGAAGACCCCCCCAAAAAAAAAACACAAAAAAAAACAACACAACCCACCAAAAAAACUACAAAUAAUUUUAAAAACCCAACAACAAAAACACAAAAGCAGGUUUCGAUCCUACGACACCACUGUUGUAAGCUGUUAAGAACAUCAAAAAGACAUGGAGGCCAACGUUAAAGUGUGGAAGCCAGAGAAGUUGUUUUUUUCCACCGUGUUUCCGUUACUAGAUCUGAACUAAAACAACGCUGUUCCGUGCCCAGACGACAUUCCAGUUUCGACCAAUCAAGACGUCUCUGUCAUAAAUGUACCAUGCGCUUAAUAGUUGAAGUUUGUGUGUUUAUCGACACCAAAGUGAAACUCCUCUAAAAGACACUGUAUUGUAUGGUACGUCUUGGAGAUGUUCCACUGAUGGAGUAUAAUCAAAUAUUAAUCGAUUGGGAUCGACCAAUGUGAUAAUUGAUUCUUAAAACUCCAUAACCGAUUGUCACGGAACAUUAUAACUACAUGUAAUGUUUUAUCCAGUUUAGUCUCCGGGAUGCUGUAACUGUGUUGUGAUUGAUGUUUAUUUCCAGGUGUACAUAAUGCAAUAAAAAGAAGUAUUAAAGAAUAA